CUCAGAUAAGCCGCCACCAUGUCAGGAAACAACCUGGUCCUCCCCAUUGUGCUGUGGAGCCGCACGGCCCCCACCCACUGCAUCAGCAGCUUACUGGUGAUGGACGACUUUAGCACCAUCAUCACCGGCUGCCAUGACGGCCAGAUCUGCCUGUGGGACAUGACACCUGAGCUGCAGAUUUGUCCCAGGGCCAUGCUGUUCGGCCACACAGCCUCCAUCACCUGUCUGUCCAAAGCCAGCGCCAGCAGUGACAAACAGUACAUCGUUAGUGCUUCAGAGAGUGGGUGGGUCAUGUUUUGAAACGUACAUGUUCAUACUGCAAGUUCUUCUGG